UGGAUGUCGUUUUCUAACUGAUUAUUCAAAUAAAUUUGUGGUGAAAUGGAGCGAAUCUUUAGUAAGUAAUAAAAAUGUAGAGCGCCUUUUUUCUUAUUAGGUCUGUCAAGAAAAUUUUGAUAACAGGGGUUACUCUUUGAUACUGUUACGAUAUUUAUUUAAUUGGAUAAGUAAUAACAGACACUCUCAAUAGUUUAUUUAUGUAACUGGGAAUGUGUACUUUAUGGGCACAUGUUGUUAAAGGUAUUUGCAGGAAGACCACGAUUUUGUUAUUAACACGACGAAUGCGCAUUUUUCUGUUCGCCUGACCAAUUAGAAGCGAUUACAUUUUUUGCCUGCUUCCACUUAAUGACACCAUCCUUACAAACUACUUACUUUUUCUCCUGGCGACGCAAACGCCAUCUAUUUGUGCUAAUCACCUAUACAACCUUCGAAAAAGGCUUUAUCUAAGACGCGCAGGCAUCUCCACGGUUUUAAAUUGACCAAUUAUAAAUUGUUCGCAUUUAAAAACGAAUAUAUUGAGGUGCAUAACCUGUUCUUUUUAACGGCGAAUAUUUGUUUAAAGUGGUAACCGCAAUAAAAAUGCAAGCGUGUCUCUUGGUAGAGCGGCCUACCAGAGGCCAUUCAUUCGUUUGAUGACUUCAUUUGAACGCGCCAACUGAGCUCUUGCGAUAAUGCGCUAUUGUUUACCCUCCGAUAGUGCGCCUUCCACUGCACGCGCCACACUGCGCUAAAUAAAGACAACGAUAUAUCCCACCGCACCGUCUGUUCAAUGACACUUCGACAAAACGUGCCCCGUCUUGCUCGCACGUCCGCUUCUGGCAUAAGCGAGAGCGCGACGACGACACCACUCGUAAAAACAGGUAGUAGAAGAAAUAAUAAUCAUCUUUACGACUUCUCACUCUAUUCAGCACCUUGUUACGAUAUUGCGCGCUCAUUGUGGACCGACCGAGGAGUGGUUGUAAAAUCUUUUCUUUACUCGCCCGUUUUACUAAUUGUACGUUUAUGAGUUUACGACUUUUGCGGCUUAACUUUUCAGUAGUAAAGUGAUCAUUGGCCUUUUGUCGACCCUUUUUUGCUCGUAGAGCGCAAUUAAAAUCGGGUAAAGUAAAAUGGUUUACUAAAAUUGGUAACUGAAUUUCUUCACUACUUUUGUAUGUUAUUAUUUUAAUCGACUGCUUAAUGAUGUUUACAUAUUAGCCGAUAGUGAAGUUCUAGCGGUCGGGGUUACAUUGUAAUAGACUGACCACGUGCUUCAGGAGCUGUGAUAAGAGAGGCAAAAGAGAGCGUGACUGAUAAUAUUUAUAGUCAUUAGCGAAAAGGGGACGGAACAAUCGGUCGGUGUGCGAUCGUAGCAGCGCGCGGGGCGGCGCGCGUGUCAGUUGUGAGUACUCAGUAGACAGCGUGAGUCGGGCCGCGCCGGUCGCACACAGUCCUCCCGUACCCGUGACAUACAGCGCGGCAAACUUCGCACGCGCCGUACAUCGCGACUAAACAAAAAUCACCAGAGACGACCCGGCGCCCGAACGCUCUAAAAGUCGUAAACUCGCACCCGACUCGUAAAAUAAUCGUAAAAAGUAAACACACGUCGACUGGCCUUUAUCGCCGGCGAAGCCCAUUAUGAUGCUCGAGUGACGUUUAAGAGGCAAUAAAAUUAAUAAAAUUAUAUUUAAAUCGUCUGGUUCGGUGUGACAUUGGCUGAGGUCGCGUUAUCAUCGCGCGUGGGGACGCAAUGACAUAAGUGCUUCUCAAAACUUGUGACGUUAGUGCCGGUGAGCGAUCAGAAUGAACUCCUACUUCGAGCAGGGUGGUUUCUACGGCGCCCAUGGGGUGCACCAGGGCGGCGGUGGCGGUGAUCAGUAUCGUGGUUUCCCGCUGGGGUUGACAUACGCUCAGCCUCACGCGCUGCACCAGCCGAGGCCGCAAGACUCGCCGUACGAUGCGUCAGUAGCUGCUGCAUGCAAACUGUACGCAGGGGAACAGCAGUACGGGAAGGCGGAUUGUUCAAAGGCCGGUGGCGAGCAACAGAAUGGUUAUGGUGGGAAAGAAUGGGGUUCCGGUCUCGGAGCACUGGUGAGGCCGGCAGCCUGCACGCCCGAAGCUCGAUACAGCGAGUCGUCGAGCCCUGGAAGAGCUCUUCCCUGGGGAAACCAGUGCGCAUUGCCGGGAGCAGCUGCAGCCGCCGCACAGCCAGUACAGCAUCAACCCACCAACCACACAUUCUAUCCUUGGAUGGCCAUAGCAGGAGCGAACGGUUUGAGAAGACGAGGCAGACAAACUUAUACUAGAUAUCAAACAUUAGAGUUAGAGAAAGAAUUCCACACGAAUCACUACCUCACGCGAAGGAGACGCAUUGAGAUGGCGCACGCGUUGUGUUUGACGGAACGGCAAAUAAAAAUAUGGUUCCAGAAUAGGCGGAUGAAGCUAAAGAAGGAAAUACAAGCCAUAAAGGAGCUGAAUGAACAGGAGAAGCAAGCGCAGGCACAGAAAGCCGCGGCGGCGGCGGCAGCGGCUGCGGCAGCUGCACAAGGCCAUCCGGAACACUAGGCCCGCGAGCCUCGCUAAACGAUACGAUCGCCGAACAAUCUCUAGCUUGUGUUUUGUAAAUUGUUUGUAAUUAUUUUCGUUAUCUAAGUGUUGUUCGGUUGUUGUGAUUAUUUUUAAAUUAAUUUAACCUAGACACAAUGUUUUACAAUUGAUUGAAACGGAACAAUAAACUGUUAAAUGGUAGACUAAAAAACGGGUCGUAUUAUUUUUGUGUUUCGGGUUUUGUUUUUGUUGUUUUAUAUAUUGAUUUUUUUAUAUGAAUAUUUUAAUUUCGCUAUCGUCUUAGGCGUUCGGAAACCAGUGCAAUUUGUAGGAAUCUCUUCCGUGUAACAUAGUGUAGGUGUAUCGUAGUGCGUUUUACUUUACGUGCCCGUAGCACCCCCGGCUCGGCAGCGUCGGCGAGACGAACUAUAUUGUACAAAUUUAAUAUGCCUACCAAAGAGACUCGGUCUCGUACCCAUAAAGCUAAGUAAUGAGUCGUAAGUUAAAUUAAUUAUCUACUAUUUCUAAUAUCGGGGACUCAUGUGUGAAACAGAAAAUAAUCUUCCGCGCCAAUCCUUCAAUACUCUCGCAUAAGUAUAGUGUAAACGUGAUCGUGUUCCUGCAGUUUUAAUAGUCGGUGAAGUUAAACAAAUUGCCAUAAAUAUAAGUAGUAAUUAUUUAGGUGGUAGCUGUGUAAAUAGUAAGGGUUUAACUGAUGGAUGAGUGCGGUUCGUUUGCGCUGGCGCCGAGGAAUGGGCAGAAAAAGCAGCGGGGGUGCGAGCGAGAGGGCGAGAGGGCGCGCGCCGCGGCGGCCGGACGCCAAGAGGUGGUCGCCGCGUUAAGCGUUAUCAAUGCUUUGGGUAGGUGAUAGGAAAACCUCCACCGAUAUAGCGCGCUCACAAACAUGGAUGUAACCGGAAACAUGUUGUACGCUCCCCAUCGCAUGCUUCGAAGCAUGCUUUCGCGAGAUCAAGAUAUCAAAUUCGGCUAUCGAAUAAUUUUUUCCGCCAGCCCACACGAACGUUUAGGCAAUCGACUGCCCGUGAUUUAUCGUCAAAAUUUCCCGUUAGUAACGCUCACCGAGCACACUCCGCGUAUCACUAUUUCACAAAUAAAAGAACCAGUUGCGAUAUCAUCGUCGACUAUAAAUUAUAUGAGGUUCGGAUGAAAAAUCGCGGUUCGGCUGUGUCCGCUUAUUUAUCGCUUACCUCAACUUGUGAAUGAAUGAAUAAAUAUUACUAUGGAAGCUAAUGGUAAAGAUUGGUGAGUGUGAAGUCGUAGAUGGGGUCGAGUAGCAUGCUAUCUCGCUGAUCCGCUAUCGUGUAGGAUCGGCACAGUGGCUGUUGGCUAGGAAUAGGUCGGGUUCCCGCGUUCCGGUGAUAUAUUGGUCCGCAUCUCCGUGUAUAAAUCUUGGACGCCUGCUGAGGUACACGGACGCCGCGCCGCGCCGCAGCCCCGAGCUUGAAAUGGAAUUGUGUUUUUAUUUAUCGUGCGAAUCGCGCCCCACUAUCGCUCACUCGAAAUCGCACUUUAUCUGCCAAAAUGCGGAGUCGAUCCAACCGGGUCUUACAACUCUUUAUAGUUCCACUAUGUUCACUGACACAUCAGGUCUUUUUGUUUUAUUUUGCAGAUUAAAAUUAUGCAAUGUGAUAUGGUUUUCAUAAAUCUUUUUCACCAAAAGUAUUAUUAUUUCGCAUUUAUUUUCAUUUGUUAUUCUUUGAGUACGCUUUGGUGGGGUGGCGUUAAAAUCCCUAAAAAUCAUUGUAAUAUAUCUCGUAACUUUAAUGAUUUUUAUGUCCUCAAUCAAAUCUAUCGAAUAUUUAAUAUUAAAAGUUGUAUUAACCGUGGAAAUGUACAGCGCAAUGGCCAAUAUAUACUACACGUACAAAAUGAAAUAAACACAAAUGCUCGGGGUCUGUUUAUCAUUCUUACUUUAUACGUUUACUAACUAAGGUUGUUUAGAACAAACCUAAUGUUCAAUCAACACAGCAACUCACGAUGUUUUCCUAUGUCCAAACACUUCAUUAGCAUCUGGGGUCUAACAUAAUCUUUCUGUUAAAAACAAUCACGUUAUAAGUUUACAAUCGUUUCAGGUUUAAAUAUAAAAAAAAUGGAGUAUAUUUAUGAUACAAAAACAUGUUUGUUGUUUAUUUCAUGCUAAAUGCAUGUUGUUAAUAAAGCAGAAAUGUAAAAUAAAUGGAUACUUAAAAAUAAACAUUGUUUUAACAAAAAGAAAACAUUUUUAAAUCUCAGUUUAUGUCAUUGUAUGUGAGGUGGUCUUUAAAGAUUAUAUAGACCCUGCGAUGCACUUUUUUUAAUAUGCUGAGUGCGUUACAAAUGGAUAAUAUUGUAAAUAUUAAUUUUAGGGUAUUGUUAUAUUAUUAUAUUAACAGAAAUCUGAUGUACAACGUCGGUAUACGUUCGUAAAAUACAUGGUAGGGAUACCUGUAGUUAACUUACAUUACUUAAUGCUGGUGUGGUAUGUGAACAAAAUAUUAUUACUUGGUAGAUAGUACGCUGAAUUGAGAAAAUUAUAAUGAUAUACUCUAGUAACCAUAUUGCAGUUAUAUACACAAAAUCUUUGCUUACAAUUUUUGUAAUUAAGAAUAUAAUAACCUUUACAUUUACUUACAUUAAAAAAUCACUGUAACAAAAACAAAAAUUAAGCCAGCUUUUGAGUCCAGUAAUAUUAUCUACAAACCAUAUUUCGUGCCCAUGAUCGAGACUAAAAUUUAACUGUGAGAUUUAGUUUGAUAUAACCAAGACUUCAUUAAAAUACUGCUCAAGUAAUUUUUUUGUACUACACGUCACGCCAGCAAUAUCCUAAAUACGUAACUACAAAAGCUUUAGUACGAUGAAAUAUUCCAUUUUGUUAGCUAUAGAAAUUAACUUAUUAUUAGACAUAUAGUUUAUCUAUAGUCACAUGAAAAUGACAAAAAUCAUAACUAGUUGUGCCCAGUAUACGAAUAGCUAAUUUCGAAUUAAGCAUAAUGUAAUUUAUUUUAAGAUACAGUAGUUGUAAUAUUUUUGGAUUCCUAUAAACUAUAUAUACGUAAUUUUAUCUCAUGUAAUUAAGAGUUUAGAGGAAUUUAGACGGGAUUCUUUCGUGUUAAUUUUUACUUUUUCUUCGAAGUGCCAAAAUGUAUUUUUUUAAUUAAUCUAUUAAGUAUGACAGGUAUCAUUUACUCGCGUAUUUAAUUUAUAUUAAAAGUUCCUUUUAACUAUGUCGCUUAACACCUCUGUUUUACUUUGAAAGAAUCGUCGUCGAAAAUUGCUCGUAAUUUUGUUAUAUAUUGUAAAUACUAUUUAUGUAUUUAGCUUCUUAAAAUAACAAAUCGUUUCACUUAUUUUGAAUUGGCAAGAGUAUGUUAUUCAGGCGCACUGCAAUAUGAACCUUAAAAUGUGAAGCUGUAAAUUAAAAAAAUUGACAUAAUAAUUUAAUUUAUUGAAACGGGAAACGUGCUCAUGGAUUUAAUACGUAAUUUUCCGUGUAACGAAGCAUUUGUCAUAAAUAAAUACUAGGUAGGCCCAAUUUAUAGUAAUGUAACAUAAUUAAUUAAUAAUAAAAUAGUGAUUUAUGAUGAAAAAUACUUAAAAGCUCGAGGGAUUCUAGUGUAGAAAAUGAUUUAAUGUUUUGUGUUUCAUGAUUGUAUCUGUGUGGAGAGUCGUGUAAUCUUUAAUUACCUGUUUACGUAUCAUUACAUUACAAUGGGAAGCGAUAUUAAUAAUUCUUUUGUACAUGUCGGCUAUAGUGCGAAAAUGGAUUUGCAUUAAAUAAAAUUCUGUUACUGU